UCACAACACUGUUCCUCAGUGUUCUUCAGGACUUCUUUAAUUUCAGGAUGUAGUUCAUAUAUCAUUAUGUCUAUCUCUUGUUAAACUCACUGACUAGUGCUCGGUCGGGCCUGAAGUGGGCGUGUUUGUGUGAGAGACUUUAUAUCUGCUACAUAGAUCAACUCCUCCUCCCGCUGGCUGAUGUUUUUGUUUUUGUUUUUUUAAAAACAAACUAUUCAGAAAAAAAGUGAAAGGACUCCUACAGGAAAUCAACAACACUGGACUAAAGGGCUCAAGACUAUAUGAAGCAAGGUGGUAAAGUGUGACAACAUGUCUUUGUCGUUGCUGUGUCUGAUAAUAAUGAUGAAAGUCUUCAUUGGACAGAUCCUCACAUGUCAUCCAGCAGAGUACCUAACAGCGGGAGAAUGCUGUCCUAUGUGUCUUGCUGGAGGUCGAGUUAAAACAGAUUGUACAGAGUUCAGAAGCACAUCCUGUCUGCCCUGCAUUGAUGGAACCUACAUGAAUCAUCCCACUGGACUUAAACAGUGUUUCACCUGUGCAAACUGUGAUUCAGGUUCUGGUCUGCAGAUAAAGACAUCAUGUACAUCAACAUCAAAUACAGUUUGUCAACCACUGGAGGGAUUCUACUGUAUGGACUCCACAGAGGACGGCUGUGUGAAAGCACUGAAACACACAAGCUGUCAACCAGGACAAUACAUCAGACAAAAAGGAACAGCUCUCAGGAACACUGAGUGCACUGACUGCAGUGAUGGAACAUUUUCAAAUGGGACAUUUACAUCUUGUCAACCACACACACAAUGUGAAUCACCAAAACCUCGGCUGAUAAAACCAGGAACUGCUUCAGCUGAUGCUGAAUGUGGAAAAGAAAAAUUAAAUGUGACAGCGAUUGUGAUCUGUGUGAUUGUGGUGCUUUUUUUAUUAAUUGGCAUAGCUGGGUUAGUUUACUUCAGAAAGAAGAAAUCAGGUAAGAUUUGUUGUUAUUUUUUGUAUCAGACAAUACAAACAUUAUCAUAGUUUUGA